AAAUUGUAUCGCAUUUAUCGAUAGCCCGCCUCCCUAUCCAUUCUAAUCCGCGAUACAAAUCAGCCGCGAUCACCGGCAGUCGCGCGCGCCAAACCUCGCGAACUGCCGCGUGCCACUCCGCGUAAAAAAAACAAACUGUCAAAAAUGCGCGGCAAACCAUGAGGCAUUUUUAAACUACGAAUUUCAUAGGAUAGGCAUGAAUGACUUUUUUUAAAUUUUGGAUACGAGUUUUUUUUAGCCAUGAAUGACAAAAUGUGAGGUGUUAUUUAAUGAAGAGUUGUUAUAUUUUUUGUAAAUAUGAUGUUUUGGAAGAGAGUGUUUUUGGCAGCGGUACUGUCUUCGAUUUUGGAUGUCCACAGUGAACAGCUGUUUGGUGAUAAUGAACACUCGCAGCAGCUGUUGGAGCAUCUCACAGAGUCAGAGAAGAUAUUCCUAUUCGGUGCCAAUCACAAUGAUGCUCAAUUCGAGAUCGUCCACCACCACAAGCGCUCACCCCUCCUCCAGCACCUGGAGCUCACGCCGGCGCGACACCUCCUCGACCCUCAGUUCCUCGUGAUGAGGAGAUGGGCGAACGGAACGGAGGCGGUGGGGCAUGAGGAUGAGGAGUGCUGGUACAGGAGUGAGAGUGCUGCGUUGUUUGUGUGUGAUGAUGUGAGAGGUGUAGUCAAAUCCAAUGAUAGUUACUAUUUAAUUCAUCCACUACCAGAAAGGUUUCACGAGAAAGACUCAAAAACGCACGUCAUAGUCAAACGCACUGACGAUUCUAAUAAAGAAGACUCUUGCAUAGAAAAAGAUAGUCUCAACACAAUCGUCGCUCCAGAACCAGCCAAAACAUGGACAAAGCACAGGAGAAAAAGAGAAACAGCCACAAGAAAAACCCUAGAGGAAUUCAAACUAGACUUAAAUCAUAGAAACAAGACUAUAGGAGCGUUCAUAAACAAACUAAUCCCAAAAACAGAGAAGCAAACAGAAAGGCAAAAGAGGGCUGUGUUACCAGCAGUGUUCGUUGAAACUGCUGUGUUUAUAGACAGAGAUUUGUACAAGCACAUGACUGUGAAUUUUCCUAAGGAUACAGAGAGGGAGUUAGUCAGAUUUGUUCUAGCUAUGAUAAAUGCUGUACAGUUAUUAUACCAUGAUCCUUCUUUAGGUAGACCAGUGAAUUUUAUACUCAAAAGACUGGAGAUUCUUCAUGAGGAUCCAUCGAAUUUGAAGAGGCCGCAUGAUAUAGACAGGUUUUUGAGUAAUUUCUGUACGUGGCAGAGGCUGGAGAAUCCGCCGGGGGAUACGGAUCCGUUGCAUUGGGAUCAUGCAUUGAUAUUGACUGGCUUGGAUCUUUAUGUAGUCAGUAAGAAUGGGAAAGUCAGCAGUCAAGUUGUAGGUUUAGCACCAGUUGCUGGAAUGUGCACGGUCACUAGCAGUUGCACUGUCAACGAAGGAAGACAUUUUGAAAGCGUUUACGUUGUUGCUCAUGAAAUUGGACACAAUCUCGGAAUGCGUCACGAUGGCCCACUAGCAGACAACGGCUGCGAUCCCAGUGCCUACAUCAUGAGCCCAACGUUGGGCAGCGGCAAGAUCACUUGGUCACAGUGCAGCAAAAACUACCUUCAGAAGUUUCUUGACACCGUGCAAUCUCGUUGCCUCCUCGACCAUGGCAAUUCGGCUGGACAGUUGGACCACAGUGCUGAAGGCAUAUUGCCAGGAGAGAGAUUCGAUGCUGAUCAGCAAUGCAUGUUAAAAUAUGGCCGCGGCAGCCGCCACUCCGGUGCGCAAAGUUUGGAGGAUAUCUGCAGAGACUUACAUUGUCAACGGGAGCGGUAUACCUGGACCUCGCAUCCGGCAUUGGAGGGAACCAAGUGUGGAGAAGAUAUGUACUGUCGCGGCGGAGAGUGCGUAGAACGUGCAGGCGUGGCCCGCCGAGGUCAAUGGACGCGCUGGUCGGCCUGGUCGGAGUGUGCAUCCGCCUGCCUGCUGACGGAUUCCCAUGCUCCGGCGGCUACAGGCGUCGCCGUCGCCAACAGGCGGUGCCAGCGACCAAGGCAUGACAACGGGAACAGCUAUUGUUCCGGCCAUGAUAAGAAAUACCAAUCAUGUCACGCCCAGCAGUGCCACAACGUGCCUCCAAUGACUGUCCGGGAGUUUGCUGACCAGAUCUGCCGGCGGGCGAGAGAAGUGGACCCUGAUCUCAUUGGAACUGGUCUCCAGAGGAUAGACACGGAAGAUGUCAGCAGCGCUUGCGCCGUUUGGUGCGACACCCGCGGCGGCGGUUACAAGUCCCGCGGCUGGACCCUGCCAGACGGAACCGCGUGCUCCACUAUGUCACCGAUGUUUUGUAUCUCAGGAGUUUGUCAGAAAUUCACCUGCAACGCAAAUACCGACACGGAGUUCUCUCUCCGUCCGGGUGACUGCGAAUGGGAGGCGCUUCAACUGCAGACCGCCGCACCGCAACAAUCCACAUCAUCAACAAAAACAUCAUCAACAUGGCGACGAGCCGUGGGUUCUCAAUGGCGUCCGUCAAGCGGUUGCCAUUACCACUGCAUCGCUCCAGGAACUGGUGUCAGAUUAGUCCGGGCUGCUCGAACUACCAGCAUACAGCUCUGCCGUCCAGACAGCGCACGGGCUGAUUUGGGAUGCACUCAAAGAAAGUCUCCGUACCAGUACGCGACGAUGGUGUGCACAAACUACAAGGAGAGAGUCAGAAGACUGUCAGGACUCGGCAUGCAGAUAUCACCAGCACUUGAGGACCCCGAUCGGCCCUGUCGAAUAGCGUGCCAAGACGAACGCGUCUCGCAUCGCUUCUACUUAGUGAACGGACACGAAGGCUGGUUCCCACUAGGAACGUCUUGUGGGAAAAACAACGCUUCAUAUUGCGUCAGCGGCAAGUGUUUGGAAUUCGGCCCCGACAACACACCACUCUCCGAAUCAGUCUUCACGCUCCCCCUCCUCAACCGUAACGCCACCGUAUCCGUGUCGCGCUCGUCCCGUCACCGUCGCGACACAAGCUCCAAUACGUACGGAUCCGACAAGCGGCACGGACCCGACACGCAACGGCACGGAUCCGACACGCAACGGCACGGAUCCGACACGGAAAGGCACGGAUCCGACACGGAGCGUGAUAGAAGGAGCUUGCGGGCACGCGGUACUUUAACUACGACAUUGGAGCAACAUCAUUUGGAUGAUAUUAUUGCAAGAUUGAAUUUGACUCAAAACAACAACGAUCACAUAAUCUACUACGACCCGAUACCGGAAACCAUCGAGGUGGAUUUCAACAACCCCAUCCAUAUAGCGCCGGAAGACACCCUGAUACGGAAACCACCGCGACCUACCUGGGACUGAUCACUGACAGAACACUGAUAAAUCACUGCCAGAUACCAAACAGUACGGAUCCGAUACGGUCUUCAACAAUCCGAUACAUAUCGCGCCAGAAGACACCCUGAUACGGAAACCAUCGAGACCUACCUGGGACUGAUCACUGACAGAACACUGAUAAAUCACUGCCAGAUACCAAACACUACGGAUCCGAUACGGUCUUUAACAAUCCGAUACAUAUCGCGCCGGAAGACACCGUGAUACGGAUAGCACCGAGACCUACCUAAGACUGAUCACUGACAGGACACUGACGGGCCAUAAUUUAUGAUCCCUGACAAAUCACUACCUGAUACCAAACACUACGGAUCCGAUACGGUCUUCAACAACCCGAUACAUAUCGCGCCAGAAGACAUCAUGAUACGGAAACCACCGAGACCUACCUAAGACUGAUCACUGACAGGACACUGACGGAACAUAAUCUAUGAUCCCUGACAAAUCACUACCUGAUACCAAACACUACGGAUCCGAUACGGUCUUCAACAAUCCGAUACAUAUCGCGCCAGAAGACAUCAUAAUACGGAAACCUCCGAGACCUACCUAAGACUGAUCACUGACAGGACACUGACGGAACAUAAUCUAUGAUCCCUGACAAAUCACUACCUGAUACCAAAAAAUACGGAUCCGAUACGGUCUUCAACAAUCCGAUACACAUCGGAGCAUUCCACGGGCUGUCCCGUACAAACGCAUUUUAUUUCCUGUGUUGCGACUUUUUUCUCGGGAUUUAAAGCAGGCGAUUAUUUUUCUGUGCAUAUUUAUGACCAUUUGUCAUAGAAAAGGAAACUCUUAUACCUUUAAAUGUUCAGAAACUUCGCGUUUGUACGUCAACUGUCUAGCUAUAACGGUUCAUAAGAUACAGCCUGGUGACAGACAGACAGAGAGUGGAGUCUUAGUAAUAGGGUCCCUUUGGGUACGGAACCCUAAAAAGUACAUAAUGUCUUUAAAUUUUUAGAUAAGUAUUGAACUUAUAUUUCUACCAGUUAUAGAUUAUAAUGUCUGACUGCCUCGUUUUAGUAUAAGAUACCAUUUUGUAAAUAUAAAAACAAUAUGUGAUCAAAAUUAGUAUUUAUUUUAGAAUUUUAUACUGUUACAUAGUUAUUUAAAUUAUAUAUAAUUUACGAAA